UUGUUUUGAUAAUAGGCAAGGUUUUACAAUUGCUGCACAUAUACCUUCUUCUUAUUUGAUUUAUUAUUUAGGAAAUGGAAAUUUUAUUGAAUUGGAUGAAAAGGUUGGAUUGUUAACAAUAACAGGAAAUGCAUUGGAACAAUUUCAUUAUUUUAAUCAAGAAGAAACUAAAAAAAUGUUACAACGCAUUUUAGGAACUAAUUCUACUAGAAAUACCAAAAGUAAAAUACAAAAUAAUAAAUAA